CGAAAAUGCAAAUGCUUUAUAUAAAAUCAUAAAGUUCAAUUAAAAUUAUUUGACCUGAAACCAAACAUAUUAAAAAAAAAUUUUAAAGUUGCACUGUUUUAAGAUAUCAAUGAUUCCUCCCUCUCUCCCUUCUUCUUUUUUUCUGGCAGUUACGAGCUAUCACUUUUUCGACAAUGGUGUGGAAUCAAUUAUGGAAUAGCCCAUUUCUAUCCAACUCUAAUGGUGCGUUUAGACAUUUCACAAAUUAAGGUUGUUGGCAGAAACCUCUAUGUAACAUACCUCUUUCUUGAUAAGAACUUAAAAGAUAACGGUGAUGGGACCCGUUAUCACUUCUUAUCUACUCUCCAACGGUAUUCUGAUUGAUUAUGGAUGAAAUAAAUAUUUUUGUUGGGCCUGCUGUCCAUUCUGAAACUCCUGAAAAAAUAACUUGUUUUCCUAAAGUAGCAAUCGCUGUCAAAGAUGGAAAAAUAGUAGAUAUUGCAAAAGAUGGAGAUUUAAAAAAUCUAAACCAAAUUAAUGUAUCUAAGGCCAAAGUUAUAAACCUUGAUAAAGGUCAGUUCCUAUGUCCCGGAUUCCUAGAUAUUCAUCUUCAUGCCCCGCAAUAUCCAAAUAUUGGACUGGGAUAUGACAAACCUUUAUUGGAAUGGUUGAGAUUGUACACUUGGCCGUUGGAAAUGAGAUAUGGUGAUGUUGAUUUCGCAAAGCAGGUGUAUGAGAAUGUAGUAAAAUCUACAUUGCGUUGCGGUACGACCACAGCUUGCUAUUAUGGCACUAUUCAUGAAGAGAGUUCUUUUAUUUUGGCAGAAAUAGCUUCGAGGUUUGGUCAAAGAGCUAUAGUCGGUAAGGUUAACAUGAAUCAAAAUUCUUUUCCUGAGUACAUAGAAACGACAGAGGCUUCUUUGGCGGACACUAAGCAAUUCAUAGAAAAAGUUAAAGCACUCAAUAAUCCUCUCGUGGAGCCUGCCGUUACCCCAAGAUUUGCUGUUUCUUGCAAUUUUGAUCUUUUAAAAGGAUUAGGAGAAUUGGCUAAAAAAUACAACACAUAUAUUCAGACUCACAUAUGUGAAUCUAAAGGUGAAAUAACAUAUACCGAGGAACUGUUUCCAGAAUUUAAAAAUUAUACUGACAUCUACCAUAAGUCAGGAUUAUUGACAAAUAAAGUAAACAAAUUUGUAAUAACACUGCUUAUUGAGCUUUUAGUAGUAAUAAUAGUUAUUGUAAAAAUAUACAUAUUGAUAUUUAAAGACCAUUUUGGGACAUGGUGUUUAUCUAAGUGAAGAAGAUUGUAAAAUUUUGAGUUCUUGCGGUACCUCCAUUGCUCACUGUGCUAGUUCGAACUCUCUCCUACAAAGUGGCCUGUGCCCUGUACGAAAUAUUUGGAAGGCAGGUGUUGAGAUUGGUCUCGGAACAGACGUAUCUGGAGGGGGCAAUUUAAAUAUACUCGAUGCAAUACGUUCAGCAUUGACUACAUCGAUCCAUAUAUCAUUUACAGAACCUGAAUAUAAACCUCUCACUUAUCAUGAGGGGUUUUAUCUAGCCACAUUAGGCGGAGCGAAAGCUCUCUCCAAAGAGGAUCAAAUUGGAAACUUUGAGAUUGGGAAAUGCUUUGAUGCCCUACUGAUAGACAUGAAUUUAGGAUCACCAGCUGGUGUAUUUCCUUCACACGAUAUCAGUGACCUCAUCCAAAAGUUUAUUUACUGUGGAGAUGACAGAAAUAUUAAAAAAGUUUUUGUUAAUGGAAAAGUUGUAAGCGGAAAAUGAGAAAAAAUAUUUAAAGAUUAAAUGUUAAAAGUGUGUCUUUAAAUAAUGAGAACACUAAACUGGGAAUGGUUUCAAUUAUAAGACUUUUUUUUUUAAACUUAAAUAAAAAUUCUAGCUUCAUUUAGCUGUUAUAUAUAUUUGUUGUGACCACAUGUUAAAAAGUCUAUUGGACUAACUUGUAAGUUCACUUUAAUUUUUUUUUUUUUUUUUUGUUUUGUUUUGUGUAUUUUAACAAUUUAUUGGAAUUCUGAACUUGAAAAUUUGAGAUUUCAUAAAGAAAAUUUACAAGAUUCAUUAUUCAAGAUUCAGUCAAUGUCUGAUGUAUUUUAUUUCAGAUCUGCAAUGCUUUUAUUCACAAAUAUUUAAAAAAAAUAAAGUUACUUGAUCUGCUGUAUUUUUAGUAAUUAAGAUCUAAGCUAUGUAAAAUCAAAUAAAGGUGUUUUUACUAUUAA